AUGAUCGAUUUGUAUUUGAAUCCUGAUUAAGAUCUUUAUUACUCAAUCACAGAUGAAUAACCAAAACCAGUUGCAGUAGAGAAUCUAAAGGCUUGUGAUUAAUUACUUAAGGAACUGUAAAAUAGAGGAAGUAUGUCAAGGUAAUUAUAAUUGUUAUUAUCUGCAUAUGUACUUUAGUUGUCAGGAAUUCAAAAAUCCAUUGAAAUGGCUAGUACUAUUUUGGCACAGAUUCUAAAAAGCAAUAAAGAAUGGGUUCCAGCAAUGUUGAGUUUGGCUAUCAAUAAAUUCUUAAGCAAAAAACAAACAGAGGGUAAAACUAUUUUGAAAUUGCUAUGGGCAAAGCAAGCUGAUACAAGUGGUUGGGAAAGAGAUGAAUUAGAAAGGGCUUGGUUAUUACAUGCAGACGCAUUUAUAUCUAUUCAAAAAUACGAUUAAUCUGAAGAAAUAUUAAGAAAAUGCUUGAAAUAAAAUAAAUGUUGUGCCAAAGCAGAAGAAUUAAUGGGUUUGAUAAAGGAAAAGGAGUAAUCAUAUAUAGAUGCCUCUAAUUCAUAUGAAAAAGCAUUUAAGUUGACAAAUCAAAGGAAUCCCAUUAUGGGUUAUAGAUUGGCAUUUAACUAUUUAAAAGCAAAACGUUUUGUUGAUGCAAUCAAUAUUUGCAAAUUGAUUCUACAAAUUAACCCAGCAUUCCCUAAAUUAUAAUCUGAAAUCCUGAACAAAGCAAUUCAAGCCUUAAAGUCUUGA